AUGACGGGGAGCACUGCAAAAGACAGGGUUAGCGGGGACCAGGUCGCGCGUGAGCACUCUCUAAACCCCCCGAAGGACCUGGGAGACGAAACCAAAGUCCCCGCUGCUAGUUCGUCUACAAACAGACCGAAGCCGCGAUCGUUGUGGGUCGCCUGGCUGUACCUCUUCGAUUGGUAUCCGAGCCAUUAUUCGAAUGAAGAGAGGAAGCUUCUUCGAAAGUUGGACUAUGUGCUUCUGCCGCUGUGCUGUUUGGCUUAUUUUAUCAAAUGGCUGGACCAAGUCAACAUUAACAAUGCAUAUUCGUCGGGCAUGAAAGAGGAUUUGGAGCUCAAUGGAAACCAGUACUCUCUCUUCGGCACAUUCUACAACAUCGGCUACCUGCUUUUCGAGAUUCCCUCCAUGAUGGUCAUCUCCCGUCCGAAACUCGCCAGAUAUUUCCUCCCCGCCACGGAAGUCUCGUGGUCGGUGCUCACCUUCAUUCAAUGCCGUCUCCGCAAUGAGCACGACAUCUACGGUCUUCGAUUCCUCCUCGGUGUGCUUGAAACGCCAGUCUCCUCGGGGACUAUGUACAUUCUGUCGUCCUGGUACCGCGGCGACGAGAUGUUCAAGCGCGCCGGCGUCUGGUACGUCUCGAGUAACCUGGGUUCCUUCAUGGGAGGUUAUCUACAAGCUGCGGCGCAUGAAAGACUCGAUGGUGUUCACGGCAUGGCGGGCUGGCGAUGGCUUUUCAUCAUCGACGGAUGUAUCAGUCUUCCUAUCGCACUGGCCAGUUUCUUCUUCUUCCCGGGCUUACCCUCCAGUCCUAAGGUCUGGUGGCUUACCGACGCUGAUCAUAAGUUAUGUGUUGCGCGGAUGCGCGAUGAAGGAGUCAAGGAUAGUCGGAAGAUUGGAAAAAGGAUGCUGAAGCGCGUGUUUUCGCACUGGCAUUUCUAUGUUGCAGUGUUCACGUAUAUCUUCUUCCAAUGCACUUCUUAUGUCGCCGGCCAGAUGAUUCUGUGGCUGAAAGACAGUGCAGACAAGUACGGUACCUGGACUGUCUCGGAGAUCAACAUGAUUCCGACCGGUGUGCAAUGCGUCUCGAUUGUUGUGGGAAUUCUGGCAACCUCAUUGGUCAUGGUGUAUCCGUUCUGGGCGGUGAUGUCAGUGGUGGCAGCCGUGUUGCUAUUUGCGAAUCUCUGCCUGCUGGCAUGGGAUAUACCAAUUGGACUGCACUUCACGGCAUACUACUUGCUUGGAUUCACAUCCUGCGUGACACCUAUAUUAUUCCCAUGGGUGAAUAUGGUCAUGAAGGAUGAUUCCGAGGCCCGGGCAUUCACUUCUGGUGCAAUGAUGACGUGUGGCUGGAUAUUCUUCAGCUUCUACCCGAUCACUGUCUUCCCGGUCGUUGAAGCUCCCAAGUGGCGAAAAGGCUUUAUUGUCAACACGGUAUUCGUCGUCAUGUGGUGGAGUAUUUUCAUGUUUGGACAGUACCUCUGGCGGCGAGACGUUAAGUUGGGAAGGACAUAUGGUUCUCGCGACGGUGAUGAAAUUGAGGAUGCGAAAUUGGGAGGAAGAGAAGAUCUAGAGAAUAAGCCCGGUGGGGCCGAGCAUAUUGAACUAUCGGAUGACAAGAGGGAGCGAGGGAAGGACUAA